AUGAGCCAGCCUGAGGUUGGCAUCGAGCCGGCGUCGCUGACGCUACGGCCCUGGGCGAGUACCUCAUCGCGCAAGGGGGCUGGCUCUUCUUCUGGCCCAUCGAGCAGUAGGUCAUGCAUAUUGUUCAGUGCUGAAUACAUGAGAGCUCGAAAGAUCUCCACCGGCGCGCCGGUUGUCAUCGCAGCUCCAGAUGUCGCUAUCCUGGACAAGAACAGCAGGGACUGGUGUGUGGGAGCUGCUUGGCCAAGCUUCUCCUUGUCUGGAAACAGUGCGUAUUGUGUGAAGCUCGCUUGCUUAGCUGUCUGCCUUCACCCCAACUUGGCGGCCAGCUCGGCCAGCCUUUCGAGGCCAGAUGGAGAAGUCAAGGUCAAGGCCCCGCCUGGAGUCAAAGAAAAUGUUCUACCAGAGGCGUCCUCUUUGCGUCUUCGGAUUUCUGAUGAGCAGACUUGUGUCAAGCUCACACAAGACGAUAAGAGACUCUUAUCAAUUAUGAUUAAAGAGCACCUAGUGCAGAAACACUUCGUGCGCCUGAUGGAGAGGAUCAGCCUAGAGUUCAAUCAGAAACUGAUCAUGUUCGACAUCAGCGGGGUGACGCUCUUAGCUCCUCCGGAGACGGAGCCACUGUGCUUUUCGCUGUCCCGUUCCACAAACGUCGCAUUGACCAAGCGGAAAGGCGCAGAGAAGGCAGAUCCUCAGCUCACCAAUGGUGAUUCAUCAUGUCUAGGGCUUUCCCACAGUACUGCUUCCUACUCCGACAUCGGGGGCCUGGACAAGCAAAUCCGUGAGAUCAGAGCCUUGGUGGAACUGCCUCUCCUGCGGCCACAUCUUUUUGAUGCAUACCGCCUGAAGCCACCGAGAGGCGUCCUUCUCUUUGGCCCGCCAGGUACUGGCAAGACGUCGCUUGCACGUGCCGUAGCGGCCUCGACCCACUCUUCCGUUAUGGUGAUCAACGGACCCGAGCUCUCUUCUGCUUUUCACGGUGAGACGGAAGCAAAACUUCGCAACGUAUUUGAAGAGGCCAAACGAAAAAGUCCGUGCGUGAUCAUCAUCGAUGAAAUUGACGCGCUCGCGCCUAGGAGAGAUGCCGGAGGCGGAGUCGGCGCGGAAGGUGCUGGGGAGGGCGCCGGUGAGGUCGAAAGACGCGUAGUUGCGACACUCCUCACUCUUCUCGACGGAAUAGAUCUACAGACCGAAGGAAGCGAUGCAUCAGAAACCAGCGAGGGCAAAAAGCCAGUUGAAACUCCUCUGUCAAAGCGAGGUCCACGGGUAGUCGUCAUUGCAGCGACCAAUCGUCCGAAUGCUGUCGAUCCAGCCCUUCGCCGGCCUGGCCGACUGGAUCGAGAGAUCGAGAUUGGCAUUCCAACAAGCGCAGCACGAGCGGCUAUUUUGACUGUGCAGCUCAAACACGUCCCCCACAACCUUUCUUCGACGCAAGUAGAACAGAUUGCAGCUCGUACACACGGUUACGUCGGCGCCGACUUGAGUGCCCUUGUCCGUGAAGCUGGCAUGCACGCAAUACGACGAUCGUUUGAGGGUGAAACAGACCCAGAAGAUAUUACGAACCACUUUGACAAACUGCAACUUUCUGAAGCUGCACAGGCAGGCGCCCUUGGCUCUUUGUCAACGCUCCAACCGAUCAACGUGACUGACAUCCUUGAUGCCAUGUCUGUCGUGAAAGCGUCCGCGAUGCGCGAGAUCGCAUUUGAAACCCCCAAAGUAUUGUGGACGGACAUCGCAAGCGGCGAAGGCGCGGGUGCCUCGGUGCAGCAACAGUUACGAGAAAGUGUGGAGUGGCCGUUGCAGCACCCCGAGGCUUUCGCCAGACUCGGCGUUGACGCGCCGAAAGGUGUCCUGCUGUAUGGUCCACCAGGCUGCAGCAAGACCCUGAUGGCGCGAGCACUGGCGACCGAGAGCGGUCUGAACUUUAUCGCCGUCAAAGGACCUGAGCUUUUUAACAAAUUCGUCGGAGAGAGCGAACGAGCAGUUCGGGAAACGUUCCGAAAAGCCCGGGCCGCAAGUCCAUGCAUUGUUUUUUUCGACGAGAUCGAUGCUCUCACAACGACACGAGGAGCAGAUGGAGAGGGCACGGGUAGCGCCUCAGAUCGAGUCAUUGGCAGCUUGCUCAACGAGAUGGAUGGCGUGGGCACUGUUACCAGCGUGAUCGUCGUCGCUGCGACCAACCGGCCAGAAGUCAUCGACCCUGCGCUGCUGCGUCCGGGAAGGUUCGACCGUCUGCUUUACGUAGCACCACCCGAUCGCGGCACACGCCUGCAAAUGCUCCAGCAUCGGGUCAAGCGCAUGGCGAUCGCAUCAGACGUUGAGCUUGGAGCCAUCGCAGACAUGACGGAAGGUUGUUCCGGCGCAGAAGUCGUCUCAAUCUGUCAAGAUGCAGGGUUGCUCGCCAUGUCCAGGUCUCUGGACGCGCAGGAGGUCGCCGCAGAAGACUUUUUACAGGCGGCGCGAAGCAUCAGGCGACGCAUCACGCGCGAUAUGAUUGCUAAGUACGAGCGCUGGCAGGAUUCGGUGGCAACGUGAAUAUGUGGAGAUUGGGUCUAGCAUUCUAUUGCUACAAGGGAGGGGGUGGUAUAUUGAAUAUGUUCAGCAGCAUGCUUUUCAUUUUGCGUUGAAGGAGAAGGGCCACGGUCACUCCUCGUCCUCGGCAGUGAUGGCCGCCAGAUCCUCGUCCUUCAUUUGAGAAACGGUGUGCAGCGCCUGUUGUUG